AUGGUGUUUGGCGGCAGACUGCUUGACUCUCUACAGUUCGAGCUGUUGGUGCAGAACGGCAACUGGGUCAACGCCACCGAGUGUCAGCUGACCUCUGACCCUCGCUGCGACGUGACCAUUGAGCUCGGCUCAGACUCGGACUACAGCCUUCGGGUCAGAGCAAAGUGCGGAGCCGCCACUUCAGCCUGGACCGAACUCAGCGCUCCGUUCAACCGCAAAGACACGGUCCUGACGGCUCCGGAGAUGUCGGUGAUGGCGGUCGGCGACUCUCUUCAGGUUUCGUUCGGAAAACUUCCUCUCAACGCCGACGUCCGUGUGACGGUGUGGAGGAGAGGCCAAAAGAAGUAA